AUGAGCUCUAGAGACAAUUUAAACGAUGCUGGGAAAGUCUCCGAAAGCGAAAAUGAGAGGACGUCCUUGUCAUCUAUUGAGUCAAUCGCACCAAUAGUGGGAAGUGAGCAUUCUCUUGAGGAAGUUCCACUCACCGAAGCCGAUGAAGGCGGUGAAUCAUCAAAUCCUAUUUUGCGAAAGUAUAGGGAAGCAUGCCAGAGUGGAGAUUUGAGCACGGUUAAAGCUCUGGUAGAGUCCGAAGCUAUUGAUCUAAAACACGAUUACGACGAAGAUAUGGUAUCGGGAUUGCAUUGGGCAAGUAUCAACAAUCGCCUUGGAGUUGUCAAGUACUUGGCCCAGAAUGGUGCUGACGUCAACUUCCAGGGCGGAAAACUAGUCGCUACGCCGUUACACUGGGCCGCAAGAUACGGAUACGUCUACAUCGUUGAUUUUUUAUUAGAGAAGGGUGCUGAUCCUACUUUAGUAGACCAACAGGGGUUCAACCUACUACAUUUGUCAAUCAACUCGUCGAACAUAAUGCUUGUAUUAUACGUGCUGUUUUUUGUAGUUGGCGAUAAGUUGAACAUUGAUUCACUAGAUCCAAAUAACCGGACUUCGCUUUUGUGGGCCGCAUACCAGGGCGAUUCACUAUCGGUCAAAGCUCUUUUGGACUUCAACGCCAAUGCCACCAUUGUUGACUCAGGCGGAUUUUCACCUUUGCAUUGGGCCACAGUGAAGGGUCAACCUCAAGUUUUAAAAGCUUUGAUUGCAUACGGUUGUGAUUUCUUUCAAAAGACAAAAGACAAGAAGGAUUGUUUCGUGAUAGCAAAAGAAAUGAACACUGAAGACAGUUUGUCUAAUGCUUUGAUGGAAAAUGGGUUAAAUACCGAUGGAACGCCCAUUAAGAAAUACUUUUCCAGCCCUCAACAGGGUAAAUUGGUAACGUUCGUAACCCCAUGGAUCUUAGUUGCAAGCACCCUAAAAUUGUUUGCAAGUAUCAAUUUCUUCAUUGCUAUAGUGUUUACAGCAGCACUAUGGUUGAGCUCACUCCAAGGGUUGAAGAACUUUGUUAUUCCUUCUUAUUCCUUGAGCCGAACUGGCAAUACAUUUCUCAAAACUCCGUUUCUAGCGGGCAUUCUCUUAGGGAGCGUGGCCUGCGUCAUUUACGUAUGGUUCACCAGGGUUAUGCUUACAACGAUUGUCGAGGAGCCAGUAUUCAACCUCUUGUUUGUAACGCUUGCUACCAUAUGCGUUACCUCAUUUUGUCAUCUGGUUUUAUCAGAUGCUGGCAAAAUUUCGAAGGAGGAUGAUUACGAACAAACCAAGGGAACCAUUAAAGAGCUUCUAAGAAUCGGUAAAUUUGACACUAGAAACUUUUGCACCGAAAUAUAUGUGAGGCGUCCUUUAAGGUCUAAAUAUUCCAGAUUCAACGACGCAUUGAUAACGCGAUUCGACCAUUUUUGCCCUUGGAUCUACAACGACGUGGGACUGAAAAAUCAUAAGCUAUUUCAAUAUUUUUUAUUGUCGCUACUUUUGGGCGUGAUCUUCUUCACAAAGACAUGUCUAGAAUAUUUCGACGUCUUAGAAGAUGAAUCUGAUAUUGACUUCAAGUGCGGAAUUUUCGAAGACGAGAUUUGUGCUGGUUUGAAAUUGGACCCCUAUGCAUUCCUAGUAAUGGUGUGGGCCAUACUGCAAGCCGUUUGGGUGUCACCUCUACUUGUAACGCAGCUUUUUCAAACCUUCAAAGGCAUCACUACGCAAGAGCUUACUGAGGGAUCUCGUAAACGUCAUGGGCACGACACUACUAAUGAGUUUUUUGUCACGACGCCUACUGAUCUUAUGAACGAAGAGGAGUUGAAUGCGUUAAAUCAAGGAUCAGUCAACCAUAAUGAUAGAAGUUUAUUGAGGUCGCGGGGUUGUUUUAGCGUAUGUUGUAGCCUUAUUGGUUUGGACCAAUUUGUCAUAGUAGUACGUGACAUUCUCGGCUUGACUAGAGACUCACAAACAACGAGGCGUACUGCCACACUUGGCAAAUUCGCAACUGACUACGGCUGGAAAACAAAUUUAAAAGAUUUCUGGCUUCUUAGCGAUCACACAGCUCCGUUCUGGCAAAGGCUCCUUUAUUCUCCGCCCGAAUACAAAGCAAACUUGAAUAAUAUUGAAGUGGACUACAGGACGUUAUAUACCCUCCCAGAGCGCACGAUUCCACAAGAACAAAUGGUAUAA